CGAGUUGUGAACGACCUGGCGACGUCACUGUCGUCGUCAACAUCAUUAGCACCUCCACUGCAAGCAGGAAGAUGCAGCCGCCGGGCCCUGCUUUACACCCCCACAACAGCCCCCCGGGAGACUUCACCUUUGUGUCCUCCAACGAGGCGGAGGACCUCAGUGGCUCCAUAGCAUCCCCUGAUGUGAAAUUAAAUCUAGGUGGAGAUUUUUCUAAAGAAUCUACGGCCACCACGUUUCUUCGUCAGAGGGGAUACGGCUGGCUGCUGGAGGUUGAAGAGAAUGAUCCUGAAGAUAAUAAACCUCUCCUGGAAGAGCUGGACAUAGACCUAAAGGACAUCUACUACAAAAUACGAUGCGUUCUCAUGCCGAUACCAUCUCUUGGAUUCAACAGACAAGUUGUACGAGACAACCCUGACUUCUGGGGACCCCUUGCCGUUGUUCUGUUUUUUUCAAUGAUUUCAUUGUAUGGUCAGUUCAAAGUUGUUUCUUGGAUCAUCACAAUUUGGAUCUUUGGAUCACUAACAAUCUUCCUGCUCGCUAGAGUACUUGGUGGAGAAGUGGCGUACGGACAGGUACUUGGUGUUAUAGGAUACUCCUUGCUCCCUUUGAUUGUAAUAGCCCCUGCACUUCUAGUUGUUGGAUCCUUUGAAGUUGUCUCUACAGUAAUAAAACUCUUUGGUGUUUUCUGGGCUGCCUACAGCGCCGCAUCCUUGUUAGUUGGAGAAGAAUUCAAGAUGAAGAAGCCUCUCCUAAUCUAUCCCAUUUUUUUGUUGUAUAUUUACUUUCUUUCUUUGUAUACUGGAGUGUGACAGUACCUCUGAGAUGCCCGGUUCAAUUGGUACAUGUAUAUAAAGUUGAAUGCUGGAUGGCUUGGUGAUGGGAGUCUAUUAUGGCAGGGCUUCCUCCCAAACCCUGGGUCUGUAUAAAACAUAUGUGUACAUAUUAUUUAACUCCUAGAAUCCUUUCUGAGGGGUUUACUAUCAAAUGCAAUAUGUUAUAGCCUCCUGUGGCAUGGAAGCGUUCGGCAAACUGAUGUAAGCUCUGUAUUUUUAUGAAAACGUUAUGCGGUUUUUCUUAAAUCUCCAGUAAAUCAUUGAACAAAUUCGCAACCCGGUACAGGCCGAGCCGUUUGUUCACAAACCGAGUUUCUGGGUGGUCUGCUCUGGUAUUCUUGAGAAAUUAUGUGUGAAAUAAGACAUGUCACAAAUUCAGAGUCUGUUUAUGAACAUGGUGAAAGAUGGUUCCAAUAAAAUCGAUUGGUGUAUUUUAAUAUAUUGCAUCUGAUUGCACUUGAGUUGUGACUUCAGCACGUUGAUGCAAUCAAACUCCUAUUCACAGAAAUAAAUGAAGACGUUCAAUUCAGUUCAAACCCAUGGUAUCCAAAGUCAUGCUGUUUCUCCAGAAUAGUUUUUUUUUUUCCCUCAUAGUUGGGACUUCGUAUUUUGUAUAAAAGUUUUCUAGCUGUGUUAGCUAAAUGUGCUGGCUUUUGUAGGAAAAAUAUGCCACCCGAAAAAAAACAAAAAAAAAACUUUUGGGCUGGGAAGACUAUUAGUUAUUUUCCACUUUUGUCACUCCUAUUUGUAGAGGUUCAAUCACACAAAAUGUGUAAUUCUGCUGGAAACACAAAUCGGUUGACAUGAAUCUGUGUACAUGCGCACCAUUCUGUGGCAGUUUUACAUUCCAUGUCAUUGGGGUAAAGUGCCCUUUUUUUCUCUCUCUCUAAUGGCAUAUACAAGGUUGGCAUGUUACAUAUAAGUAACGCUCCAACCUAAGUGAUGUGUACCUUCCCAGACAUUGGCAUUAUUAAACUCUACAAUUCUCUUACAUUUCGUGACUAUUAUUUCUGUUUACUAUAUCCAGAUUAGCGAUCUAUCUCUCUGUCCUUUCUAAACAAUUUAAGCCGCUGCUCUGAUAACAUUUUCUGUCACGAUAAUACGAUAUUCUUGUUUUAAAGUGCAAUUUAUUCAGGGGAAGGGAUUAUUUUAUCUGUUGAAAGUUAAGAUUUGUUUAAAUCUUACAAACUAUUAUGUAGAUAUGAAAAUAAAUAUUUAUGAAACUCAAUUCUGACUCCAUAGGUGUAACAGUUUUGAUGUAACAUUCAUAAUUUCAAUAAUUUUGCUGUUGCAUAACACUUUUUUUUUAUAGAUUUAAUUUCUGAAUAAGUGUAAAAGAAUAAAAAAAUAAAGCUGCAGAAAAUAAAAAUGGA